AUGGCGGUUGGUGAUCAUUUACCAAUUAUUGUACCAUCAUCAGCUAGUGUAAAUUCAUCUUCUAUAUCAAAAUCUACAUCACCAUCAUCAUCACCAAUAAUAGAACGACGACGUUUUGCACCAGUAGCUACACAUAAUAGUUCAACGUUUAUUCGAUUUCCUACUAGUGCACGUCAAUCAACAUUAUUUGUUCCUGUAUAUCAACCACAAGUACGUGUUUCAUCCGUACAACCAUGUUCAUUAACGACAGAUACUCAAUCUAUAUCAAAUAAAUCGAAAUCAUCAAAUACUCCGCCAUCAAGUAUUGGUAGUGAUCAACAUAAACAUAAUUAUUCUCAACAAAGAUCCAAUCCUAUAUUAAACAAUCCUUUAUUAAAUCAUCGAAAAGAACAACCAAAAUUAUUUUCAAAAAAAUUUUCAACUAACUUUUCACAUACAACAAGAAUUUGUUUAUCAUCAAAAACUAAUUCAAAUGAUAAUCAACUAUCAACAAAUCAUACAAGUACAGCUCCUUUGUUAACUCAUCAAAUAGAAAAUACUGCUGAUACAAUAAUAACUGCAAAUGAUGAUGAAAAUUCUGAUCAACAAGAAAUCGAAUAUUUUUGUAAAACUAAAUAUGAUUAUAUAACACGUUGGUUACAUGAUGUUCGACAAGCCACUUAUUGUACAGAAACAUUUCCUACAACAAAACGUUCAAAAAAACGAUUCGUACAAUCUUAA